ACGACGUGCAGCCUGUGCAGCUCCUCACGGGCUCCCGGGGCUGGGCGGUGCCGUGCGGGCGCGCUGCCACUGGGCCGAACCGGGCAGGGCUGUUCUCUUCCCCUUCCUCUACUGGCCUGGCGCCCGGCGGGAGGGCGAGGCAGACAGUGAGGAGCUGGGAGCACUCCCAACGUCCUGUGGACUUCUAAACUCCGUUUUUACCCAAGCCUCGGCGAUCAGUGUGGUUUUUCAGAGCAGCAGAAGGAGACAGCCAAGCAUAAAGCAUAUGAGUUGCUGGUGUCUGAGAUCAGCAGCAGAGUACGAGAAGAGAGACAAUGGCUUCUGAAACCACCAACCAGGAUACUCAGAUGCCUCCACUAAAGCAGGGUGACUGGCCUGGAUGGCCAAUGCUCUUUUGCCCAAAGUCCCAAAUUAGAAACAAAGGAGAAAUUGCAAAGAUCUGUGAGGAAUGCAAAAGGGAAAGUUUCUGGUACAGAGCUCUUCCUUUGUCUCUUGGGAGCAUGCUUGUCACCCAGGGGCUGGUUUCAAAAGGCAUUUUCUCAGCCAACCCAAGAUUUGGUGCACUUCCAAAGAUGGCAAUUGCUGGUGUCUUAGGCUAUGCUGCUGGGAAGAUAUCAUACAUUGGAGAAUGCCAAAAGAAGUUCCAGGAAGUUGGUGUUCUACCACGUGAGCCACACAAAAAAAGGCAUUGCCCUCGUAGUCGCAAAGAGCAUGAAGCCCAAGUGGGAUCUGCUGCCAAAGAAGGGUCAGUUCCUUCUGCAUCUUAGACACAGGUAUGCAGAAGAUGAUAAAAAUCUUGUGGACCAGCUUCUUCCCCUUUCAAAUUUUCUUCUGGAUCAGCUUCUUUCAAGGCUUUAUUCUGCUGAGAAGAAAGAAUAACUUUGGUUUGGUGUAAAUCAGCUUAUUUGAAGUAGUUGCAUAAUGGCUCAUAGUUCUGCUCAAAAUAUCAAUUUCUUGUAAUGCA